GUUGUGAUUCCAUUUUCGUUCGGGUUGAUUGCGUGUAAAUACUUAUGCCGCGCGCACCGCUGUGCCGUGUUUGAUUAGCAUUAGAGAGUGUGCGGAAAGUGGACGAGCGUCGUCACGAUAAGAAGUGGGUGCGUGCGCUGUCGCAAAGAUGAUGAUGUUUUGUACCUUAGGUGGUCGAUGGGAGUGCUUCAACAAAGCACUGCAAUUGCAGGGAAAGUAAUCGUACUCCGGUUCAAAUCGGUGAUUCGUUGCGUGUGUGUAUAAUGGCUAGCAGCAAGUGGUGCAGUGGUGUUAUCGCACGAGCGCUCUCGUUUCCUUGAACCCGAUUCGGUGGUUAAAAAACAACUGUGCUCUAAAAUCGCAAGGCGUGGGCGCGGGGGGUGGGGUGCAAAUAAAAUCCCCCUCGGAAAACAUAACACUUCCAGGCAGAAGCAGGCCCUCCAAAGCAUGCUUUCCAGCAGUCGCUGUAGAACGGUUCCGAGCGUUCCGAUCCACCGCGUUGGAAGUGAAUCCAUCCGGUCUGUGGACAGCGUGAUGCCCAAGGACGAGAUUGGUGGACUGAACGGUGCAAAGGGCGCUUCGCUGGUCGCCAACAUCGGAAGUUAAUGCAUAGAUAAUACCAUCACCAUUCUGCUUGCUGCUGCAAUACUGCCUAGCUGCUAAACUUCAACUACUGCCCUGCAGCGGGAAACAGAACGACCCAUCAUCUUCUGCCCACUGGCGCGCAUCCCGCUUGUUGAUACCCGCUGUUAACGUUUGCAUUCCGCACUGUUCGACGGUGUAGUAGUAGUGGUGGCCAAAUGAGUGUUCGACAGGGAGUAAACUUGGCUGCAAUUGUUGAAUGUGUUGUGAUCGACAGGAUCGCAUUGGAUGCAGAGUAGCGUGGUGCAGCCGUACCCCACCGAAAACGCUGACCGAGGUGUUGACCAAGGGCCGUGUUCGUGAGGAGAGCCGGUGGCAUAUACAGCAACCUUUUGGCCAAUGCAACCAACGCGAUCGGCGGUUGUGUUUCGGUGUUUAAUUCACCGGCCCGUUCUGUUCCUUUCUUUUGGAGUGGUUAAUUUGAAUUGUUUGCUUUAAGCCGCCUCAUUUCCGUAUCCCAUUUGUUGUUUGAGUUUGCCGAAAAGUUUAGUUACAGUUUACAAUUUAUUAUUGCAUUGCGUCGUUGUACUUUAAAAACUGUGCGUGUGUGUACUGAAGCAAGCCACCAUAAUCAACACACGCCGUAUUUGAUUUGGUUAUGCGCGGAUUGAGCCAUUUCUUUUGCCAUUAGGCACGCAACACGUCGCAUUUGUUCAUUAUUUGUGCUCGCAAUUGUUUUAAGUUUGUUGUGUUUGGAUGGGUAGAAACUCGCUUAGAAUGGAUGAGAAGGAAGUGAACUUUUUGCCGAAGCCGAAGAUACCGAAGGUGGGAUGCUUCCGUGCGGUCUGUGAUCGCAUCCCAGCCCGGUUGGUGCUGUACUUCCUGUCCUGGUCCGGGUUUCUGGUGUCGUUUGUAAUGCGCAACGAUAUCAACUUUGCCCUGGUGGCGAUGGUGCAGGAUCCGAGCGCGAACACAACCGGCAGCGAUCACUGUAACACGCUCGUGAACGAUAUGCCCUCCCUGGAGGAGGGCGACAACUACAACUACACGCUGUCGGUGGCCAACGCUACCACCACGGUGCUGCUGGACGGGCCCGCGUCCAUCGACGACAUCAAGUUUGACUGGGACUCGACCGUGCAGGCCGUGAUCAAAUCGUCCUUCUACUGGUGCUACGUACUGUCGCAGGUGGUCGGUGGCGUUGCUACCCAGUACUUCGGCACGAAGAAUGUGUUCGGAUGGUCCCAGUUUCUGACGGCGGCCUGCAGCUUGCUGAUACCGCACGCGGCCGAUCUACACUACGGGGCGGUGAUUCUGCUGCGAUCGGUGCAAGGCUUCGCCAGCGGGCUCACCUGGCCAGCCAUGUACGCGAUCGUGGGCUACUGGAUACCGCCGGUCGAGCGGAGCCGCUUCAUGAGCAGCUUCCAGGGCUUCAGCAUCGGCAUCGGGUUGACGUACCCGCUGUGCGGGUUCAUCAUUGCCCACUUCGGGUGGCGCCAGGUGUUCUACACGACCGGCACUAUCGGCAUGGUGUGGUGCGUGUUCUGGUACCUGCUGGCGUACAACACACCGCAGGAGCAUCCGCGCAUCACGCCCGAGGAGCUGGAGUACAUCGAGCUGAACGUUAGCGAGGACAUUAAGAAUGGGCAGGGCAUGCGGGUGCCGUGGCGCCGCAUCUUCACCUCGAUGCCGGUGUGGGCCAUCGGGCUGACCACGUUCGGGCGCAUCUGGGUGCACUACACGUUCAUCAUGUCCGGGCCGGAGUACAUGCAGAAGAUCUUCUGCUUCGACAUCCAACAAAACGGACUGCUGUCCGGUGCGCCAUUCCUCUGCUCCUAUCUGUCCUCCGUGCUGUUCUGCUACGUUGCGGAUCUGCUGAUGGACAACAAAACGCUGACACUCACCAACGUACGCAAGCUGUUCACCGCCCUGUCCCAGAUCGUGCCCGGCGUGUUGGUGCUGCUGGUCGGGUACCUCGGCUACCAGAUCGUGACGGUGCUGAUACUGUGGUUCAUCGCGGUCACCUUCAUCACGGCGUCGUAUGCCGGCGCAAUGGCCAACAUCGUCGAUAUUGCCCCGAACCUGGCCGGACCUGUGUUGGCUUUUGCUCAGACCAUUCAUAUGACGGCUUCCUUCUUACAGCCACUUGUGACCGGCUUCAUGGUGACUGAUUCGCAAAACAUCAACCAAUGGCUGCACGUGUUUGGCGUGUCAUCGGUGGUGGCCAUCAGUACGUACCUUAUUUACCAGGUGUUUGGCACGGCCGAGAUACAGUCGUGGAACUAUCCGGUGCCCGAUCCGGAGGUAACGUCCUCAGACGAUUCGGCCGUCAUCGCCAACCAGCCAAUGAUAAAGGUGGAACCAGGACUUAAGUUUGACGACGACGAUGAUGAGGACGAUGACGAUUGAGGAGCCACCCUGCAUGCGGUUGCGGCGCAAUAGGAUAGGAAUAUCGUUCUUUCUGUGGCACUUCUGUGACAACAAUUAUUAACACUUAACGUACGUUUAGCCAAGUUACUUGUAUGGCAAAGUGAAGGAGUGAAGGAGGUGCAACAAAAAUUCCACUUAAAAUGUAAUUUAACUAGAAUUGGUACGCAGUGCAGGCGGGUGGGCGGGAGAUGUGUGUACCAUGCUGGAAGCAGAGAAACAUGUGAUUAAUUGAAUAAGCGACGAAGCGAACGGAUAAGAAAUCAACGUUGAACAGAUGGGUGUGAAAUGAAACAAGAAAUCAGGGAAAACAUAGAAUGUGGCAGUUGUACGUGUGUACGUGUAUGUGUGGAUGUGUGUGUGGAUGUUGAUGCAAAAGCAAGCAUCUCUCUGUAUGCAGGAAUGUACAGGAAAGCGUUAUCCAGAGGAUACUUGGAUGUAGUAAAACACAGCCACACACACACACACACACACCUACAUACAUGCACAAGAAAGUUAAAUCUGGAAACCAAAAACAGAUUGGUUUAUCGUUAACAUAGAUGCAUAAUGAAGCGGGGGGGUGCGUACAAUUAUAUCCUCUAUUUGAUAUAGAAUGAUUAAUGAUUCGAUACAAAAAUGAAGGUAAAGUAAGGGAUAAAAAUUUUAACGUCCGUUUAGAAUAUAACAUGCAAGCUGGAAAGGGAAACAAAUGUCAAAAACACGGACACACACACACCAAACACUCCGGCUACAUAUAUGAAAUCGGUAUACUCUCCUAAAGGAGAUUCGUUUCUUACAUUGCCAUUUGACGUAAUUGCAAAGGUGUUUUUUGUUUUGUUUCGUGUAUGAUUAAGUUGGACCCAUAUUGUUAUUUUCUUAUUUUCUGUGACUUAGUUUAACCGCAGGACUCACCACAGCAUAACACGGAGCGCAACAUUACAACUGACGGCUUCCAAACGCUCAACAAAACGCUUGCGGAAGGAGGUGAAGUGUUUCAUUACCUGCCGGUUAUCGCAGUAGGUUGGUAGCUUUUCUACGAGCAAUGAGCGGCCUACUAAGGACAUUCAAAACAUGUUACCAGCAAAGAAGCGUUUUCUGAAGCGUUUGGCAGCUGUCAGUUGUUAUGUUGCGCUCCGUGUUAUGCUGUGUGGAGUCCUGCGGUAAUGGUUAGUUUCCUCUACUUCGAUUGCGUAUCGGUUGUUUCGGUUAGGCUUAGUAUAUGCUUUUUUCAGCAACCAGACAGCAUUAUACAAUACUUUAGUUUAGUUUAGCGGUGUGUACACAUAUUACGGACAUAUUAUGGGCGUAAACAGUUAUAAGAAUUAGGAUUAAUCGUUUAGAAUUGUUAUCACACCCGCUGGGCCAUGCAAUCGUCGUCUUAUUGUUGCAUUCGUUGCACGGACAAUAAGCACCUAUGCGGUUCCAUUAAAUCGAAGCCAAUUGUGGGAAAACGAAAAAAAAACAAAUCGCAUCUACAUAUAUAUAAACUUUUUCAAUAUCUGGCGCUCCCCUUUCCCUCUCCCGGGAUUAACUCUGUUAAACUACACGUGCCUAUAUGAAAAACGAAAAAAAUAGUGGAAUUUCUUUCGUGCAGAAACACACUGCAAAGGAUACUUUUCAUCCCGAAUAGAAAGGUUCUUCGAUUUCCAUAGAGAGGGAAUGAAUGAUAAUAGAUUUAAUAAUAAAACAGUGAGGCAAAAACCCUCCUAAUGCGCAUGCAUUGAACUUUCCGUGCAAAAUUUAAGAAUCUUACAAAUGGGCCCGAGCGUAGUAAGCGUUGAAAUGUAACCAUUCUGCCGUUUCUGUUUAUGACUUACCACCAACCAUACCAACACGAUGCAACACUGAAGAACGCGUUAUAUUCGUAGUAGUGUGCGUAGAGCAGGGCAAAUACUUACCGACUCACCGAUUGUUCAUUGGUGGUAUGGUGGUGUGUGUGUGUGUUGCUGAUGCUGUUGGUACCAUUUGUGAUCUCAGUCGAAUGUUUCAAUCAAUUUCAACCACUAAAUGGCAAACACACACACACACGCAUCCUUCGGAAGGUCUUACUACCAUUACCUAACUUACCUUAUGAAUAAUAGCAAUAGUUUAGAGUUAUUGAAUCAUUGUCAUUGAAUGGAAUCCCAUUUACCCACAAACUGUAUGAACGAAACAUUGUAGAAACGCCGACCAGGCUAGAGUGGUACACGAAAUUCAAACAUACAAACAAACAAACAAACAUAGAAAAAAUAUAUAUCGAAUCAAUCAAUGAACCACAGCACAAAAAUGCGCAAUAAUAUCUCCCUCAUCGGAUGGUUUA